AUGGAAGAGUCAGCGGCGUCUUCGCCAAAGCAUCGGCUGGAGCCUGAAUCCCCGUGGUGUAGUGGCAUCAGCAGCAAGAGCCUUGCGUGGCGACAGCAGGCGAGAACUAAGGUGCUGGAGGAUCUAACGCGAAAAGGCUUCCUCAUGAAGGAGGGUGCCUCCUUUGGAGCAGACUUUCUAGGAUACGCAGCCGAUCCACGAGACGCUCAUGCGUCGUUUCUAGUCAGCACCAAUGUGGGACCUUCCUUUUCCCUGAUAUCUAUGCAGCGUAUCGCCAACAGCACCAAGAAGGCGGCCAUCGUGGCUCUGGUCACGUGCUCCACGAACCCUCCGGUGUACAUACAACUCGAUCGAGUCAAAGCUUCUCCGAUCAAAAGUAAAGCAACUGAGAAAUAUUGUAGCUCUGAGGCGAACGAGGUUCCCUAUGAACCCGUGAGCUCCGUAGGGCAGGAGCAAGACGCUUAUGACGCGACUAAGGAUUUCUUGCUGUCUAGACACAGAACUGCUCGUGUAGAACGUGUGGGUAUGAGCGACUCUGCAGACGACUGUUUGACAGCAUGUUAUCCAAACACUGCCAAAGCGAAUUUACAUCUCAGUGACAACAGCCAUUUUGUAGUCAGAGCGCCCUUUUUCCGUAAUAUGAACAUUGAUCUGAUGUAUUGCGCUCCUAUUAGCGGCCCCCGCUGUAAAAGUGCACGCAAACAACUUUCACUCUUUGAAUUGUUGUGCGAAGCCUCGUCUUUCAUGCUGCAUCUUUCUGCGUACAUGUCCCUACAAGGAGCUCUUUGUACAGCGCACGUUUAUGAACGAUCCUUUGCAAUGCAGCAUGAAGCGUCUGCAUAG